GAUUCCUUCUUCUUCUUCCUCUUCUUCUUCUUCUUUUUUCUCCGUUUUUGAAGUCCACGGCGCUGUUAUGGUGAUCUGAAAGUUGUUUUUUGCUCCUUUUGUUUGGUGUGGUGGUUGUGUUUCGAGAUUCUGCGGCUUCUCUUCUGUCUGAUUCCAAUUUUUCGAUGGAUCGGGGAGGAGGAUCCGACGGCGGAGCUUGCUACUACACCAUCCUUGGGAUUCGUAAGGACGCCUCCUUCUCCGAUGUUCGUACUGCCUACCGCAAGCUCGCUCUGAAAUGGCAUCCGGACCGGUGUACGCGGAAUCCUGCGGUGGCCGGAGAAGCCAAGCGGCAGUUUCAAUUAGUACAAGAAGCGUAUUCAGUUCUCUCCGAUCAGGCGAAGAGGUCCGUCUACGACGCCGGUCUAUACGAUCCAACGGAAGAAGACGAUGAGGAAUUUUGCGACUUUAUGCAAGAAAUGAUGACAAUGAUGAACAACGCCAAACCGGAGGGUGACAGCUUCGAGGAUCUACAGAGGAUGUUUAUGGAAAUGGUCGGUUCAGAUGGUAUGGGAGGGUUCCAAGUGAACGACAAUCCAACGGCCUCAAAGAGGCCACGUCCUACUAACGGUUCCAGAUCUAGUGCGCCCAAACGGAACUCUUCCCGCUGCUAAAAUUUUACAGUGACGAAAAUCUCCCUGGCUGAUGUGGGUAUAUUGAUUUGGGUUUGGGGGAUUUGAAAGGUGUUUUAACUUUUCCUUUAAUGUAAUUUAGUGCAAGUUGGAGGGGCUUUUAAGUCUUUUCACUGCUAGGAAGUCUUUGGCUAUUUUUUUUCUUCUUUUAUUAAUAAAUAAACUAUUAGAUCAUCUCGCUUCUCUGA